AGAGUUGCGUACUUAAGUAUAUACACAAUAUACAAGAUCCUUCCUUGGUUGGCGCGACGGUGCCUGUGGAUGAGCCAGCGCGUUUUUUAUAUUCAUACUGUUUAUUUCUCGACUCGUAACUCAGUUCGUAUAUACCAAAACUGGACAAUCCGGACUCUUUGCAUUUUUUACCCUUCCCCCCCAUACGGUGCUCCUGAGUCCGCACUUUGUUUUUCUCAACCCAUAGUUUUCCUUUCUGUUCCAAAAUUAUGGCAUCUUUAUCAACAGCCGCUAACACCACCGAAGUCCUAAUCAUCGGCGGUGGGCCCACGGGACUAACCCUCGCCCUCGAGCUGUCCGUCCAGAAAGUCCCUUUCCGGAUAAUUGACAAAGCUACCGUCCGAAGCGAUAAAAGCCGGGCCCUCUCGUGCCAACCUCGCAGUCUGGAGCUGCUUAUGCGGUACGGUGAUUCUCGCGAGCUCGCCGCAAGGGGAAACGCGAUAAAGGGUCUGCAGUACAUCUUGAACAAGAAGGUCGUAUCGACGGUUGAAACAGACGGCAUAGACUUGAACGACACCGAGUUCCGGCAGCCCCUAAUCCUUUCCCAGCACGAGACCGAGACAUGGCUGGAAGUGAGGCUAGCGGAGCAGGGCCUCGCCGUCGAACGGGGUGUGACGGCUACGAGCAUCGAGCAGGAUGUUGAUGGGGCUACUGUGCGAUUGACUCUGCCAGACGGAGCCUGCGAGACGGUACGAUGUCAAUACUGCAUCGGCUGCGACGGCGCGCACAGCUUCGUCCGGAAACUAGCGGGUCUGCGGUUUGAAGGCGAACGAUACGCGUCCGAGUUCGCUUUGUGCGACGCACAUGUCAAGUGGGAGCACUCGCUCAAACAUAUCACGGUGUGUAUGGGUAAGCGUUGGAUGGUUCUUCUGCCUCUGGGAGAUGGCAGGGUGCGGAUGGGCAUGUGCACGGUGAAAGGCGAGGAGCAGCCGAGCCUGGAGCGGUUCCGGCGGGAGUUUAAGCGGCUUGUGCCAGGGCCAUUCGAGCUAUACGGUGCGGAGUGGUUGACUACGUUUCGGCUGCACCACCGAAUUGCGGAUGAGUUCAGGACGGAGCGGUUGCUCGUUGCUGGAGAUGCGGCGCAUAUACAUAGUCCAAUAGGGGGCCAGGGUAUGAAUACGGGGAUCCAAGAUGCGGUCAAUUUGGGGUGGAAGCUAGGGUGCGUGGUUCGUGGAGAGAAACCGGAUUCGUUCCUUGAUACGUACACUCAAGAGAGGCGACCGGUCGGGCUCAAGAUCUUGUCCACUACGGAUCGUAUGUUUAACUUCUUGACGGGGACGAACUGGCUGUUCGUCGCCAUGCGCAAUCUCUUGAUGCCUUGGGUUUUGCCACGGGUCUACGACACUCGUGAGAAGCGGGAGAAAAUGUUCCGUUUCAUGAUGGAGCUGGGCCUGAACUACCGCCGCAGCCCCAUUGUGGAUAACACCAAUGGGGUCGGGGCCUCCAUCCAGGCAGGCGAUCGCGCCCCUGACGGGAGACUUCAGGGGGCCGACGGAACAGACAAGCAGCUUCAGCAGCUGUUCAGGGGGCCGAACCAUCAUAUUGUCGUAUUCUCAGGGCUGGGGCCGGGUCGAGAUGUCAAGGAGCAGAUCCAUGACUUCAGAAGAAUCGUGUCUAUGAAACAAGAUAUGCUUUGGAGAAAGGCCGAAAUUCACAAUAUAUGGUCGGAGGAGUUGUUUGCGAACUCAGGUCGGCUUGAUGUUAUGAAUGCCCUCCACUUCCGGUACGGGAUGACCGAGGCUGGAUUUAUACUAGUGCGGCCUGAUGGGUAUGUGGCACAGAUAGGAGUUUUGCCGUACCUGCCACCGUAUUAGGGGAUUUCAUGAAUUGUUUUAGGUCCUACUGAUAUGACUGGAGUGUCGUUAUUUUGGCCUGUGUUAGUGGGCAGCAUUGGGUAGUUUGCUAUAAUAUAUGAAAGUAAACUCUAAUUCUUCAAUCAUGCCGAGCGCCAGAUAUUAUCAAGACAUCAAAGAGGUCCAGGUAGCUGGUGCCGAUAAUAUCAUUCAACUAGCGCAUCCAUUGUUGAUGACACGAGCAUCCCUGUGAUCCAGCUGUAUCGU